CCAGCCAUUUUGCUUGCCUGAAAAACGCGCCAUUUUGAAAAGUAAAAUUCGUAAACAGAACAGCGAUGUAUCGGUCGACAAAAGCUCGAAAAUGCACCAAAACUACAACUGAAGAUUCAAAACAUCCUGACGAACCUUCUAACUGUAUUAUUUGUUUGGAAAAGGUCGUUUGUCGUGGAAAAUUGAGCGUCUGCAAUCACUGGUUCUGUUUUCCAUGCAUAUUGGAGUGGUCGGAGAAUACUAAUACCUGCCCGAUUUGCAAGACCCGAUUCCGUUGCAUAACAAAGAUUCAUUUAGACCCAUUCAGAUCUCCACCAACUAAAGUUCGAGUAGGAGACUGCGAUCAAAGAGUCUGGAAUGAUGAUGACGAAUUAGUAGCUGACGACCUUCUUGAUGCAAUUGACUCAGAUAAUUCUAAUGGUGAUCAGGAACCUUCUAUUUCUGUAGAAAAUCCACGGACAAGAAGCACAAGGCGACAGGUUGACAGAAGGGGCAACUCUGAGACAUCCAGACUGCUACGUCUUGAUGAUUACGACCAUGAGGACUCCUUCAUCGAUGACACUGAUGAAGCACUGCAAGCAUACCUUUAUGCUACUUACAGCCAGGAAGAUUUAGGCGUGAUUAAUAAUGAUGGUGAGGAAAGUAGUUCUGGAGAAAGCUGUGAUGAUGACAGUGUAGGACAAAGAACCAGUCCAUAUCAGUUCCGUAACAGGCGUGCUACUCUCAGAACAUCUUCAAGAAAUACAAGAAGUUCCACUUUUGACAGCCUGUCUGAGAUAGGAGUGGAUGUAUUGUGUCUAUCACCUGCAAGCAUUGGCAACUUUAUAGUUGAAGAUGAUGAGUCAUCAGAUGAGCGGUACAAUAUUGCAGUACCAUUUGGAAAUCACAGUAAGAAGUUCAAAGGCAAACGUAAGGUGAAAACAAGAAAACACAAUAAUUCUAGGACAAGAAAAAGUUCUGAAACAUCCAGACCUAAUGCUAGUACCAAUAGGAGAUCACAACGAUCACACAAACCUAGGAAACAACAGGAACCUCAGGAGGAGAGUAGCAAGAGUAAAAGAAAGAGACAGACCUCUGUCAGUGAUGAUGAAUUUCAACCAGGGACAUCUUCAAGAAGUAGAUCACCAACCAACCAGCGAUCGACUGAUGGCUGGAUCAGCAUGGCCACAAAACGAGCUGAAGCACAUUCUUUGACCCCAUCUACAACUAAUCAGAGAACAGUUACUAGGAAACGGGCCUGUAAAGGAAAGAAGCCAGUUGAAAAUGGAGAAAGUUCCAGUCACAGUGAAGCAUAUGAAAGUAGUAGUGAUUCUGAGAAUGAAGUUUUAAGUGAGCGAAUCAAGAAAGCAAGGGUUAAAGCUAGAAGUGAUGUCAAGAAAGAAAAGGAAUGCCAAAAUGUAUCAAAAACAUCUGUCACUACAAGAAAGAGUGAAAAUAAACAGACUAACAAGUUUUGUGCAAGGCAGGAGCUGCAACAACGAGGCAUUGGUUCUCCCUCAACAUCUACAUCCACUGAGAUGCAGGAAGACGAUUUCUCCAUUGUUACAUUUGUAAAACCCACUCCUCAAUCUAACAAAAAGCGAUCGAUAUUCACCAAAAGACAGCGCAGGUCUCCAAGUACUUCAUUUGAUCACUUAGAAGGUUAUGCCAUUUCCCCUACUGAAAUGCAACGAAAGAAAAGUGGCUUAACCAACCAUCAGCUUAAAACCAUCAGUAAUCACAAGAGAACAGAGACUUCUUUGGUACACAAGAGUGAUACUGUUAUUAAACUUGAGACGUCACCCUUAGUUAAGAAGAAAAAACCCAGGCGAGCAAGAGUGUUAGUAAGCAGUGACAGUGAUUAAUGUGACUUGUGACUGAUGUGAAAGAUUUGUGAGACGUAACAUUUUUUGUAAGUUUUUUAACAAUAUGUAACAAAUAUGUGAUUAUACGUGGUCAUACACUGAUUAACACUGUGAAGUAUUCUUUUUCUUGUCCAGACAUAAUUAAAUAAAAGCUACCGUGCUAGUGUUAAAUUUCAGGCCCCAGUUGUUCGAAGGCUGGAUAACGCUAUCCACUGGACAAAUCGCUUUCUAGUGGAUAAGUGUUAGGAAAACAAACCAAGCUAUCUGCUGGAUUUAUCCGGUGCGUAGAUAGCAUUAACCACUUUCCCAACAACCCGAGUGUGGUGUUUAGGUCUAUCGUGAGUCCAACAUGGGUUGUACAUGUAUUUUGCAAAGCUCCUCCAAGACUUUAAUGGACCUUUUUGGCGAUAUGGCCAGUUUUAGUUCUGUUGUUUCAAAUAGCUAUUAUGGGAUGCUUAGGGGGGCAAAUACGGUAACCAUGUCUGAUGAGGAACAGCUCCUCUCACCUCUCAUUUACAGAUUAGUAUGCAAGCAUGUACCAGUUUGUUAUUGGUUCAAGCAUUACCCUUUCACUAUUUACACAAAUCUGAAAUAGUACAAAUAACAGACUAUUUCUCCAUGUUAUUCAAGUUAUGCUGAUUAGCUGCCAACUCGACACCAUGAAACCGCAGGUGGUAUGAGUUGAUGCUGAUAACUUUAUUUAUACAUGGUAAAAAUUCCUUCAGCAUAAUUUAAAAGUAUAAUAUAUAAGUCUGCCUAACUAAAAUAACUAAUAAUUAUUUUAAUAGUAUUAUAAGAAUAAAAACCUAUCAUGUUACCAAAGCUGCUUUUCAAGGACGUAGUGUCUCAUUCAAAGCUGUAAUGACGCAGUUUACCUUUAAAUUCACUGAAAGAAACUGUAGAUCAAAGUUCACCAGAAAGGCUGUUCUACAACAUAGCACCCAUGUAGGAAAAAGCUUCACUUUAUAAUUUUUCCAAAUUGACAAAUAAGAAGAACCUUCUGACAAAGGGUUCCUUUGUCCAGGAAACUCACAAUUAUUUUGAACUAUUUUGACUGUAAUAUUUAUAUAAUAUUUGCAGUCAAUGAAAAAUUGACAAAGAACAAUCAUCCACAACUUAGCUUCCUUAAAAAUUUCUUUAUUUUGUGCAAUAAAUGUACUGUACAUUUCAAGCAUAAUAUCAAAUAUACAGUCAUUUAGCUUAUACAGUACAAACUUAUUGAUGCAGAUAAACCUUUUCACUGAAACACUGUUAGUACACUACAAGAAAUUAUUUCAUUAUUAUUAUCACAUCUGUAUUUUGCCCAUUAAAGGAAUAAAGCAUAGCCUCCUUUGCUGCCAUUCAUUCAUUCAUUCAUUCAGGCUGGAUCAAAAUAGCGAAAGAAAGGGUUAUUGAGGAAGAGGACCCAAAAGUUGUCUUAGCUCUCAUUCAGCACGACUUUGCAGUUGUAUGAUCAAGCUUGCUCAAAUAAUGAAAGAGUCGCCACUAACAUUUUCUUGCAAUCCAAAUAAUGGCAGUUUCUUGCUCCUAAUUACCACACUGCUAUAUUCCAAUUCUUUAUACUAGCCACCAGUUGACAAGAUAUUAAACCCUACUGAACCCCUAUGUGACAUGCCGAAGGAACAGAUGCAUACAUGUACAAGGGGGGCUAUACAAAACACUGACAUAAAUCUGCACACAGCAGCAGCAAGCUGUUGAAUCAAGUCAGGAUUUUGUAGUUUUUGUGAGCAUUUCUGAAUAACUUUGUUGCGUAAAACAAGUAAAUGAACACAAAUGCUUAAUAUCAACUUGUCAACUCUUGCAAGUCUCCAGACAUUUCUAGUAGAACACACAUAGUACUGUGGUAGUAGUUUUAAGGCAUGAAAAUGGCAAGAAAAUGUUAGAUCAUUUCCUUGCUUGUGACCCUUGUUGUUUUGUUCCAGAAAAUACACAUACACCUCCCACGGAUGGUUUUUAGUUUGAACCCCCCCCCCUCCCCCACCUACCCCUUUUGAAAUUCCAGUAUAAUACCUUCAUACUUAAGAUUUUGUGACCCCUCCCCCUUGGAAUUCCCAUUAACCUUCUUUGGGGUGGGUAUGGAUACUUUCUGGAACUGCACAUUGCAAGAUAGUGAUCAUACAAUCCCAAAGUUUAAAGGGUUGUAAGAAAUAUGUCAAGCAAGUUUUCCAAGUAACGCAGUACAUACCUUAGAAGCAACACAUUUGUGGAUAUGGUAGCUGAAACUUAAGAAUCAUGCAAAGCUUAGGCUACCAAUGUAGACACGAUUGCAAUUAGGGUGUCCAAUUGGACCAGACUUAUAAUUAUUUGCAGUGCCUUGUAACAGGUAAGAAGAAACCAAGCACAAUGCAAAAAAAAAAAA